AUGUCUUACACUAAUGCCGAGGCCUACGACAUGCUUGCCGUGUACUUUCAGUGUUUCGAAAAUGCUUGUAUCGCAGCACGUGAAUAUGCUGCCAGAUAUCCCGAACGAAGGCACUAUGGCAGAAGAGCUUUUCGACAACUAGCGAUACGUUUAAGGCAGACAGGAAGUGUACGACCCAUUUCAGUUCCUGUUAGAAGACGUCCGAUAAGGAAUGAAGACAAUAUCAUAAACGUUCUUGCAUACGUGGAAGCGAAUCCGAAUGUAAGCACAAUGGAAAUUUCCUUAGACCUAGGAAUAAGUCGCACUACGGUAUUCCGUAUUUUAAAAGACUUUAAACUACAUCCUUACCAUGUGGUGUUACACCAGGCUCUAUCAGAAGAUGAUUAUGACAGGCGGCUCAACUAUUGUCACUGGUUAAGCGAGAUGUGCAAUGAAAAUCAUCAAUUCCUCUCCUUGGUUUUAUGGACUGAUGAAGCCAGUUUUAGUAGCUGUGGCAGGGUCAAUUUGCACAAUAUGCAUUAUUGGUCACAAACUAAUCCGCAUUGGAUGCGCGAAGUGGAUCACCAAAAUAGGUGGAGUGUAAACGUGUGGUGCGGUGUUUUAGAGCAUAGAAUUAUCGGACCAUUUAUUUUUGAUGAUCAUCUAAAUGGUGAAUCAUAUUUAAACUUUUUAAGAAAUGACUUACCUAUCCUUUUGGAAGAUGUUCCCAUUGACUUAAGAUUAUCCAUGUGGUAUCAACAUGACGGCUGCCCUGCGCACUUUUCACAAAGGGUCCGUGACUUUUUAAAUGUUAAGUACCCGAAUCGCUGGAUAGGCCAUGGAGGUGUUAAUCAACUUGGAGGAGUGUUCGUGAACGGUCGACCACUUCCGGAUGUAGUUCGGCAACGAAUAGUCGAACUUGCCCACAAUGGAGUCCGACCCUGUGAUAUUUCGAGGCAACUGAGGGUAUCCCAUGGAUGCGUAUCGAAAAUACUAUCUAGGUACUAUGAAACUGGUAGUUUUAAGGCCGGAGUUAUUGGCGGUUCCAAGCCGAAGGUGGCGACACCACCGGUAGUGGACGCGAUAGCCAACUACAAAAGAGAGAACCCGACGAUGUUCGCAUGGGAGAUCAGGGACAGAUUGCUGGCUGAGGGAAUUUGUUCGCAGGAUAAUGUGCCCAGUGUCUCAUCAAUAAACAGAAUCGUGAGAAACAAGGCUGCGGAAAAGGCGAAACACGCCCACCAGGUAGCCACCAGCGGCGGCUCGUCGGGCUCCACGCCCGGUGGUUCAGUGUCUGUGAUCGCGCACGCGCCUGCCACCCAACUGAGCGAGCCCAGGUCAGGGGCGUACAGCAUUAACGGAAUUCUAGGACUGCAGCACGACCCCAAUGGCAACAGUAUCAAGAGGAAAAGGAUAGAAGAUCACGACGAAAAUAGAGAUAUCAAUGGCCAUCCUGACGAUGAUAUCAAAAGACAAAGAACACAGUACAACGGAGAUCCCCUAUAUUCCAACCUCUGGUCGAGUAAAUGGUCGAUCAAGGAGGAACACAAACUCCUGAGCGAACUGGGUGGUGCGGGCACCACCACAGGACAAACGGGAGGGUACUACGAUCCCCAUGGAGGCUUCUCCGGAGCCACAUCUGCGGCGGAUCUCUACGACACAAUCAACACCAUGAGCCAAGCCAACAGCCAAAACCUGUACACACCCCCGUUGGCUGGAUCCCUAGGUUCGAAUUCUAUACAACCGUUAGCGCCUAUAACAAUGCAUGAAAUGAAAAUAGAGACUACAAGAAUCAUCGAUCCUUCAAUAUCACCUUACCAUUCAGCAACAGAGAACAAUUCUCCGUACAACAUGAACACGGUGGAAAAUUCAUCUCCGUCACUGCCUUUGGCACUUCCAGCCGAACCGUCCAGCCAAUCGGGAUCGCCAGAUCCGGCAGCCUUGACAGUACUGCAGCCAACCGCGACGGGACAAGUGGCAACGCAACAUUACAGUACGAUGUUGCCAAGUUUUGCCGGGUAUUCGUCAGGUACUACAGUAGUUCCUGGAUCGGACUAUGCAUAUAGUACAGCCUACAGCCAGUACGGAGCGGCCUACGGAACCUACGGAUAUGGUACAGCGUCCAGCGGGUUACUCAAUUCGGCUUAUUACUACACUAACAACGACUUGCCUGCCACGUCGCACGCCACUGGAACGAUCGUGGUUAAUUCCGCCGAUCAGAACAGCCGCAGCCCUCUAGCGGCCACUAGGGCGAACUCGCUCGCAUCGGCCAACUCGCCCACAGAGAGCGGGAGCGCCUGCCUGAAAACAGAAAACAUUUUCGCUCACGAACUGAACUUGGGAUAAAAUAAUGGAAAACAGAAGAAACAAAGAGAAAAUUAUAUUGGGUCCAAUUCAAUACCGUACAGAAAUAGUCCAGUAACUUUAGAUUUUUUCCAAAAAAAAUCAGUGGUUUGAAACUUUUCAGCUUGUUUUAAUCUUUAAUACUUGACAAGUUGGUGAAGGAUUCAUGGUUUUGUCUGUAAUUUUGUUGUAUUUUAUUAACCUGACAAAUUAAUUAAUUGACAAAAAAAUAUUUUUCACAAUAAAAAUAACAAAUAAGUUUUAAAUUAAUUAACGUUUGGGUUUAUAUUUAGUUGAUGUCCUCUGCCCUUUUUAAAGAGUAAAAUUGUGCCCAAUUAACUUAUUUCGACUGCAAAACUACGUAAUAGAUCUAUGUCUACGGAAUAUUGGAACACCCUGUAUAAUACAUAAAUAUUUCAUGUUUCUAGACUAAAAACUCAAGUGUUCAAAAAUUUCAAAUUUUAUACAGCUAUACCGGAUGCGUCUCAAAAGUGGCUCACCCCUAUAACUUUUUUUUCAGUUAAAAA